AUGUCUAAACAAAAAAAGAUUUUCGCUUCAACCUUGGCUGGUACUGGAGCAGGAUUAGUUGAGGUGUCGAUAAUGCAGUCAAUUCGAGUUGCAUCAAAUUAUGAUGGAAUUGGUAUAUUAAGAUCAUUUGCUAAAAUUGUAAAACAAGAAGGAUUUUUUGCUUUAUACAGAGGAACAUUGCCUGUCAUGUGUAUCGUGACCCCAAGAGUGUCGCUACAAUAUACGGGUUUAGCGAUGUUUAAACCAAUUUUUGAUAAAAUGGAAGGAAAAUUUAUACCGCCAGGAAGGUUGGAUAACAUACGAAGUUGA